AUGGAGGUUCCGCAGGGGUCCGGGUCGGGGUUCAUCUGGGACCGCGAAGGCCACGUGGUGACGAAUUACCACGUGAUUCGCAACUCCAGCGACCUACGGGUAACGUUGGCGGACCAAUCAGUGUACGCGGCUGACGUGGUGGGGUACGACCGUGACAAGGACGUGGCAGUGCUGCACAUCGACGCGCCCAGGAGCAAGCUCAGGCCGCUGCGAGUGGGCAGCUCGUUUGACCUGCAAGUGGGGCAGCGGGUUUACGCCAUUGGGAACCCUUUCGGUUUGGACCAUACCCUCACCACAGGCGUGAUCAGUGGGCUGCGGAGGGAGAUCAGCAGUGCAGCAACGGGCCGGCCCAUCCAGGACGUGAUACAGACGGACGCGGCCAUCAACCCGGGCAACAGCGGGGGUCCGCUGCUGGACUCCAACGGCAACCUCAUCGGCAUCAACACCGCCAUCUACUCUCCCUCUGGGGCCUCCUCUGGGGUUGGGUUUUCAAUUCCCGCUGACACGGUAGCAGGCAUAGUGGAGCAGAUUAUCAAGUACGGGCAGGUCACGCGGCCAGUGCUGGGCAUCUCCUUCGCCCCCGAGCAGUCGCUGGAGCAGCUGGGCGUGGCUGGCGUGCUCGUGCUCGAUGCUCCGCCCUCUGGGCCUGCAGGGAAAGCGGGCAUCCGGCCAACGACUCGGGACAGCUAUGGGCGGCUGGUGCUGGGGGAUAUCAUCACAGGCAUUGAUGGCAACACGGUUCGCAACGGCUCUGACCUCUACCGCAUCCUCGACCGCUGCAAGGUUGGCCAGAAGGUGGAGGCAAGAGUGCUGAGAGGAGAUAAUGAAGUUACAAUCACAAUUACCUUGGAAGGGAAGAGCUGA